AUAACAAAUAGUCUGGUUCAUUACAUACUGUCUAUGCACUUUAUGUGUUUUUUAUGCACACUGUUCAUUGCACUUUAUUUGUUUCAUAGCACCAACAUUUUUAUACUGCAUAUUCAUAUUUAUUCUGCACUGGAAUUCUACUCCUUAAUACAUACUCCUCUUUAGACACUUUAUUAUUUAUUGUAUUUUUAUAUUUUAUUGCUUGAAGUAUGCCUAGGUUGUUCUUUUUAUUUAUUUGUGUUGUUAUUGUCUCUGUGUGUAAUGCUGCUGCUACACUGUAAUUUCCCAGCUUGGGAUAAAUAAAGUCUAUCUAUCCCUCCUUGGCCCCCACAGUAAAACUGGUCUAGAAUCGCCACUGCCCCUAAUCUAAACAAACAAAUACCCCCUCCCCACACCAUAACAGGUAUCUCCCCAUGACUCACUUACUCCUCCCCAAACAGAAAGCAGAGCCGGUUAGGAGGAGGUGCUCUCCUCCUCCUCCGGGCUCCUGCUGCACUUGCGCCUUGCCUCCUCCUGCCCUUCACCUCACCGCCCACCGGCCUGCUUCCUCAUCGUCACCGCUGAUGUCUCCCUGCUGCGGAGCCUCAUUCACUCUCCGACCGACACAAACUCUCCUACUGCCGCUAAAAGGGAACCGGCAGCAGCAUGGCGCACUAACAGGACUCUCUCUCUCUCUGUGCGUAAAAUGAGGAUUAAUAACGAGCGGCAGGUAAAGCAGUGAAAGCGGGGAAAUGCAGUUCGACAGCGGCAAAACAGCACCAGGGAGCCCCGCUGGAGCAAGUGGCACCACCGCGCAGGUAGGUUGAGAGAAUUCAGUACACUUGAACGGGCAUACUGUCACUCAGAAUGGCUACAACUCCACAGCGCCGGCUUCACCACAGCCCCAGUUUGACUCCCGAGCCUCCAGUCCUGCUCCCGACCCGACUCCAACCAUCAUCCCCAGGGAGCAGUGGGGAGGGAAGUACGAGUUCCUGCUCUCCUGUAUUGGAUACUGCGUGGGACUGGGGAACGUGUGGCGGUUCCCGUACCUUUGUUAUCGCAAUGGAGGAGGUGUGUUCCUCAUCCCAUACUUCAUUAUGCUCUUUUUUACGGGCGUGCCGCUGUUCCUCAUGGAGCUGAGUCUGGGCCAGUACGGAGCAGCCGGCCCUAUCACUGUGUGGAAAUGCUGCCCGUUGCUCAAAGGUAUUGGCAUUGGGAUGUUGUGUGUGUCCACGCUAGUGUGUCUCUACUAUAACGUCAUUAUAGCAUGGACGUUUUACUACCUGGGCAGCUCCUUCCAGAGCCCCCUGCCCUGGUCCUGUGAUGCCAUAGAGAACGCAGGCCUCUGUGGAAACGUUACCACGGGCAACAACUCCACUAAACUCCUCAGCCCCACAGAGAAGUUCUGGAAUGAGCGUGUCCUCGGUGUAGUAAACAGUGAGGGCCUUCAUGACCCGGGCCCCGUCCGCUGGCCCCUGGCCCUGUGCCUGCUGGCAGCCUGGAUCAUCAUCUUCCUGUGUAUGCUCAAGGGCAUCCGCAGCUCUGGCAAGGUGGUUUAUGUAACGGCUACCUUCCCAUAUUUUGUGCUGAUUGUUCUGAUCAUCAGAGGUGCUACACUGGAGGGCUCUCUACAGGGCAUCGCUUUCUACCUCACACCAGACUGGAGCCGAUUAGCUAAUGCACAGGUGUGGAACGAUGCAGCCUCACAGAUCUUCUACUCUUUAGGUAUUGGAGUUGGAGGGCUGCUUUCUAUGGCUUCUUACAAUAAGUUUGACAACAAUGUCAUCAGGGACACUUUGAUUAUCACAACAGGAAACUGCUGCACCAGCUUCUUUGCUGGGUUUGCUAUAUUCUCAGUCCUCGGUCACAUGGCGUGGAAGAAGGGCGUACCUGUCGGAAAGGUGGCAGAUACAGGUCCUGGGCUGGCUUUUGUUGCUUACCCAGAAGCCCUUGCUUUGCUGCCAGGCUCAGUGUUCUGGUCCAUCAUGUUCUUCCUCAUGCUCUUCAUGCUGGGGGUUGACACACUGUUUGGCAACAUGGAGGGCAUCACUACGGCCGUGCUGGAUGAGUUUCCCUACCUCAGAGGAAACACACUGCACAAGUCCUUGUUUUUGGGCACUCUGUGUUUUUGCUUUUACCUGAUGGGACUCCUUUUAGUGACCGAUGGAGGGAUUUACUGGUUCACUCUCAUUGACUCCUUCAGCACUAGUUUUGGCCUCAUCAUCAUCACGCUCUUCAUGUGCAUUGGCAUCUCCUUCUUCUACGGAGUGAACCAGUUUUGUCAGGACAUUAUUGAUAUGAUCCGCCACUGCCCCCCCUGGUGCUCCAAAGUGCUGCUUUACUUCAAAGCAUGCUGGGUUUUCUGCACUCCAUUUCUCCUGCUGUUCAUCCUGACCUACAUCUUCAUUGAGAUGUACAACACAUCGCUCCGCUACGGGAACUAUGUGUAUCCGCGGUGGGGUAAAGCGCUGGGAGUCUGCAUGGGCGCGACCUGCUGCCUGCAGAUCCUCAUCUGGGCCAUUGUGGCCAUCAGCAAAGAAACUGGAACACUGAAAGACCGUUUCCAGAAAUCAAUCCGACCUCUGAAUUCCUGGAGGGUAAACAACUUGAACAGCACCAUGAGAGCAGAGGAGCACUUGGAGCCCGAGAGGGUGGAGGCUCCGUUCACCGUCACUCUCACAGACAUGGACUUUACUGCAAUGACGUGGGAGAUGGGAAGUGAAGCGUGACCUCACGGAGAGCGGCCAUUGAACGCACAGUGAUGAGCAAACUAUGUUGUCAAGAGACAAAAGGAAUUUAUUAUUAUUUGUUACGUAUGGUUCUCGCCCCAGCUAGGCUCUGGUGGCCGGGUCUGAAGAGACUGCGUGUCCUGCAGGGCAGUGUGGAUUAUUGUUUAAUUUAUACAAUUAUGUAUGUUUGACUUGUAUUUUUUAACUUUUUUUUACUUUGUGUAGAAUGUAAAGUUACAGCUGAUCAUCUUCGAUG